GGGCGGGGCCGCUCGGCCGGGGACCUGUUGAUCGCAGGUAUCGCCGGCUGGCCCGGGCUCCCUCGGGACUGGGGUGACUGCGCAUGCUCGCUGGCCGCGCUGGGCCAGUAGCCGAGCGGCGGUGACGAACCGGCUCCGCCGUUGCGGUGUUUGCGGUUGCUGUGAUGGCGAUGUGAGGGGGCCCGGGGCGGGAUGGUGCUGGCCCGGGUAGGGUCGUCAUCUUCCAGCUGGACAACGAGCUUCUCGGUCCGACAGGCAGGGGAAGAGGCCGAGCAGGGCGAGAGGGGGAACAGUGUAUUUUUAACAACGGGAAUCAGUAACUGGAAGUACAAGAUUGGUUAUUUAAUAAUGUUAAAAAUGAGGCUUUGAUCAGCAGAGGUGCUGUUAUCAGAAUAGUCUUCUGGGUAUAAAUUAAAAAUGACUGAAGUUCAAGCAAUGGUAGAAUUCUCUGUGGAGCUAAACAAGUUCUACAAUGUGGAUUUGUUUCAGAGAGGUUUUUACCAGAUUCGUGCUUCUAUGAAAAUUCCAUCAAGAAUUCCCCACAGAGUAGAAGCUAGUUUGUUACAUGUAACAGGUAUGGCAUUAGCCUUUCCAGCCUCAGUUCACAAUUCUCUAAUUUGCAGUAAAACAUUUCAAAUUUUGUACAAAAAUGAAGAGGUUGUUUUAAAUGAUGUUAUGAUCUUCAAAGUAAAAAUGUUGUUGGAUGAAAGAAAGAUUGAAGAAACCCUUGAGGAAAUGAAUUUUCUGUUAUCCUUGGAUCUACACUUCACAGAUGGAGAUUAUUCGGCAGAUGACCUGAAUGCCUUGCAACUAAUAAGUAGCCGAACAUUGAAGCUGCACUUUAGCCCACAUAGAGGCCUUCAUCAUCAUGUUAAUGUUAUGUUUGAUUAUUUCCACCUUUCUGUUGUGUCUGUUACAGUUCAUGCAUCAUUGGUUGCACUACACCAGCCGCUAAUAAGCUUUCCUCGCCCUGUGAAGACAACUUGGUUAAAUAGAAAUGCACCAGCACAAAACAAAGAUUCUGUGAUUCCUACUCUUGAAAGUGUGGUCUUUGGUAUUAACUACACAAAACAGUUAUCACCAGAUGGUUGUAGUUUCAUCAUUGCAGACUCCUUCCUACAUCAUGCCUAUCGUUUUCAUUAUACACUUUGUGCCACUUUGCUGCUAGCCUUCAAGGGAUUGCACAGCUACUUCAUUACAGUAACAGAAGAGAUUCCCUCUUGUCAGAAACUAGAACUGGCCAAGGCCAACAUGCAGCUCCUAUAUGAGCGUCUUCUCAGAAGAAAACAGCCACGAACACAGAAAGACAACCAUCUAGAGGAAAUGGAUGUAGAAGCUCGACUUACUGAACUAUGUGAAGCAGUUAAGAAAAUAGAGAAUCCUGAUGAACUGGCAGAACUUAUAAAUAUGAAUCUUGCACAACUUUGCUCACUUCUGAUGGCUUUGUGGGGACAGUUUCUGGAAGUUAUAACACUACACGAAGAACUGAGAAUAUUAUUAGCACAAGAGCACCAUACUUUGAGGGUACGCAGAUUUUCUGAGGCAUUCUUUUGUUUUGAGCAUCCAAGAGAAGCUGCCAUUGCAUACCAGGAACUUCAUGCUCAGAGUCAUCUACAGAUGUGCACCGCUAUCAAAAAUACUUCCUUCUGCAGUUCUCUUCCACCCUUACCUAUUGAAUGUAGUGAAUUAGAUGGAGAUCUCAAUUCAUUACCUAUAAUCUUUGAAGAUAGGUAUUUAGAUUCAGUUACUGAAGACUUAGAUGCACCCUGGAUGGGAAUUCAGAAUCUUCAGAGAUCAGAAUCCAGUAAAAUGGAUAAAUAUGAGACUGAAGAAAGCUCUGUAGCAGGACUUUCUAGCCCAGAGUUGAAAGUCAGACCUGCUGGUGCCUCCAGUAUUUGGUAUACAGAAGGUGAAAAGCAGCUAACAAAAUCUCUAAAAGGAAAGAAUGAAGAAUCAAAUAAAUCCAAGGUUAAGGUUACUAAGCUUAUGAAAACAAUGAAACCUGAAAACACAAAAAAAUUAAUAAAACAGAACUCUAAGGAUUCUGUGGUUUUGGUAGGCUACAAAUGUUUGAAAAGUACGGCAUCAAAUGAUCUCACUAAGUGCUUUGAAGGCAAUCCUUCAUAUAGUCAGAAGGAAGGUCUGGAUCCCACAAUAUGUGGACAUAAUUUUGACCCAAAGACAUACAUGAGACAGACAAGUCAAAAGGAAGCUAGCUGUUUGCCAGCUAAUACAGAGAGAACUGAACAAAAGUCUCCAGAUAUUGAAAAUAUGCAACCAGACGAGUUUGAUCCUUUGAACUCUGGCAACCUAAAUCUUUGUGCAAAUUUGUCCAUUUCAGGUAAACUUGAUAUCUCCCAGGACGAUAGUGAAAUUACACAAAUGGAACACAAUCUGGCACCCAGAAGGUCAUCAGACGAUUGCCAUGAUCAUCAAACAACCCCAUCUUUGGGCGUAGAAACAAUUGACAUAAAGCCCAGUAAUAAAGAUUCUUUCAGUGGAGAGAAAAUAACUGUCAAACUAGGACCUUGGACAGAGCUUCGACAAGAAGAAAUCUUUGUGGAUAAUUUACUACCCAACUUUGAGUCCUUAGAAUCUAAUGGUAAAUCUAAAUCUAUAGAAGUAACACUUGAAAAGGAAGCUUUGCAAGAAGCAAAGUGUCUUUCUGUUGGAGAAUCAUUAACUAAAUUAAGAAGUAAUCUACCUGUCCCUUCUACAAAAGAAUAUCAUGUUGUAGUAAGUGGAGAUACAAUUAAGUUACCAGAUACUAAUGCCACAUAUGCCUCAUCUAGAUUUUCAGAUUCGGGUGUUGAAAGUGAACCAAGUUCUUUUGCGACACAUCCAAACACUGAUUUAGUCUUUGAAACUGUGCAAGGACAAGGCCCUUACAAUAAUGAAAGACUAUUUCCUCAGCUUUUGAUGAAACCUGAUUAUAAUGUAAAAUUUUCAUUAGGAAAUCAUUGUACUGAGAGUACAAGUGCAUUAAGUGAAAUACAGUCAUCUUUGACAUCCAUAAAUUCUCUACCUUCUGAUGAUGAACUGUCACCUGAUGAAAAUUCUAAGAAAUCUAUUGUACCUGAAUGUCAUCUAAGUGAUAGCAAAACCAUAUUAAAUCGAGGAAUGACUGAUUUGCCAAAAGGUGAUGAUGCUAAAAAGUCAAGUAUCAUUUUGCAACAGCAGAGUGUUAUAUUUUCAGGGCACUUGGACAAUGAAACUGUAGCAAUACAUUCCUUAAAUUCAAGCAUUAAAGACCCUUUACAAUUUGUUUUUUCAGAUGAAGAUACUUCCAGUGAAGUGAAAAGUAGUUGCAGCUCCAAACCUAACUUGGAUACUCUGUGUAAAGGCUCCCAGAGUCCUGAUAAAUCUAAUAACUCUGCAGGGACAGCAAUUACAUUAAAUUCAAAACUGAUUUGUUUAGGCACUCCAUGUGUCAUUUCAGGUUCCAUUUCUACUAAUACAGAUGGUAGUGAAGAUAGAAGUGUGAAAAGAAAAAAUAGUGAUAUAUUAAAUAUCAAACAAAUGUAUUCAGAAAUCCCUGCAGUUGAAAGUGAAACUCAUCUGGGUACAAGUGAUCCUUUUUCAGCCAGUACUGAUAUAGUAAAGCAAGGGCUUGUGGAAAAUUAUUUUGGUUCUCAAAGCAAUACGGAUAUUUCUGACACAUGUGCUGUUAGCUACAGCAAUGCACUUAGCCCUCAGAAGGAAAAUUCUGGAAAAGAAAUUAGUAAUCUUCAGCAGGAACAGGGUAAAGAGGAUGAGGAAGAGGAGCAGGAUCAGCAAAUGGUUCAAAAUGGGUACUAUGAAGAAACAGAUUAUUCAGCUUUGGAGGGAACAGUAAAUGCUCACUAUACAAGCAGAGAUGAAUUAAUGGAAGAAAGACUUAUAAAAUCUGAAAAAAUAAACAGUGACUAUCUGAGAGAUGGUAUAAAUAUGCCUACUGCUGUCUGUACUUCUGGUUGUUUGUCCUUCCCAUCUGCACCACGAGAGUCUCCUUGCAGUGUUAAAUAUUCUUCCAAAAGUAAAUUUGAUGCCAUUACAAAGCAGCCAAGCAGUACUUCUUACAACUUUACUUCUUCAGUUUCGUGGUAUGAAAGUUCACCAAAACCUCAAAUACAAGCCUUCCUUCAGGCAAAAGAAGAAUUGAAGCAACUUAAACUUCCUGGAUUCAUGUACAGUGAAGUUCCUCUGCUGGCAUCCUCAGUACCUUAUUUUAGUGUAGAAGAAGAGGAUGGUUCUGAAGAUGGAGUACAUCUGAUUGUCUGUGUGCAUGGUUUAGAUGGAAACAGUGCAGAUCUCCGAUUAGUAAAAACUUACAUUGAACUUGGACUGCCUGGGGGAAGAAUUGAUUUUCUUAUGUCUGAGAGAAAUCAGAAUGAUACUUUUGCUGAUUUUGAUAGCAUGACUGAUCGUCUUUUGGAUGAGAUAAUACAGUAUAUUCAGAUAUAUAGUCUAACAGUCUCAAAAAUAAGCUUUAUUGGACAUUCGUUGGGCAAUUUAAUCAUUCGCUCAGUGCUUACAAGGCCAAGGUUUAAAUAUUACCUCAACAAACUUCAUACCUUUCUAUCUCUUUCUGGACCUCACCUUGGUACACUCUACAAUAGCAGUGCUCUUGUUAAUACAGGUCUCUGGUUUAUGCAGAAAUGGAAAAAAUCAGGUUCGCUUUUGCAACUGACAUGUCGAGAUCACUCAGACCCUCGCCAAACUUUUUUAUAUAAGCUUAGUAACAAAGCAGGGCUUGAUUAUUUCUUUUUUAUAUUUUAUUCUUUUAAAGCUACAUUCUUAGAUGCUCUGGUUUGAUUAUUGCUUCAGUUUCUUCUGAACAGUGAAUUUUCCAUUCUUUUGAAAAAGCCUAAAAUUACUUGUCUAAAUCAAAAUCCAGCCUUUUUCUCUUUUGCCUUUUUUAUUUAAGCAAGGCCUCCUCUGUGGGUCUUCCUUUUAAAACAGUACUUUUCUGUGCAACAUAUUAUUAGUGAAUAGCUUUCCUUUAUUGAAAGCUGUUCACUAUUUUAAAAUGAAGAAAGCUUUUUAAAACCUUAAAAUAAUUUGUAAAACAAUUGAUAAAUACUAUAUUUUUUAGAAAAAUCAUAAAUUUUUUGGGUGAGAAAUUACCUUUUCGGGAACACAAUAGAACUGGUAAAGCGUUACAGAAAUGUUGCUUUUAAAGGGAAAUCAUCUGUGUUGAUUAAGGAAUUACAAUUAUAAACAUUCAUUAAAUUUUUAUAGCAACUUUUGACAAAACCUGUGGUAUUCUUCAGAUUGGUAAUAGAAUAUGUAAAUAAUUUGCAGAUGGCAUAUAAGCAUCUCAGCAUUGAAUAGAAGGGGAAAGAAAGAUGAAGGAGCUAGAGCAAUGUAGAAAGUCAAAUAAAUGUAUAAUAUGUUGACAUUAGAUGACACCAGUGUCGAAGUAGUCGAGCUAUAUUACUAAAGCAGAGAGAGGAAUCAUGGGCACUCUGGCAUUCUGUUGUAAGGACUCAAAAUAGCCAAAUAAGAAUCUAUUCAUUGUUGGAAUUUCAAAAACAAAAUAUCCUUAUUUUAAGACCUUCCUAAAAACACCUGCUUAGAGUCUUUUUGCCAGCUGUUGAAUUCUGACAAAUAAAGUAUAACAAUUAAAGAAAGCUCCUGCUGUCCUACUGUGGCACGAAGUACUCUUUGUAUCCAGAAGAUUACAGAGGGAUUUAAUCAUAGGUGUCACUUUUGAUUUGUAAAUAAUAUGUAUAUUUUGUUUCUGAAAGUGUGGGAAAGAACCAGCAUCAGCUAACAUUAUUUUAGGAAGAAAAUUCAUUCAAAUUUAUUUAAAAUGAGUAAAAGAAUAGUUUAAUAUUGUUUAGAAUAUGUUAGUUUUAAAAGCACAGAGUUUUCUUAGCUUCAACACUACUGACAUUCUGGGCUGGAGAAUUCUAUUUUCAGGGGAUGUCGUGAACAUUGCAGCAUGCUUGGCAGCAUCUCUGGCCUCUGCCCACUAGAUGCCAGUAGCACGUACACCUUUCUACCCUCAGUGGUGACAACCAAAAAUAAUCUUCAGAUGCUGCAGAAUAUUCCUUGGGGGAAAAUCACCAGUUUAGAACCACUGCUCUUGCCAGUUCCACAGGGUAAAUACCAAAUGACUCAAUGUGAAUUUCAUUAAAACUCUGAAGUUUUAGAACAAAUGAGUAGCCAGAAGAAUUGGAAAGACUUAAGAUUAUGAAGAUGAAAGUUGCAAUUAAGGUGUUCAUGUACCAAUCAUGUUAUUAUAUAGUCCAGAGCGAUAUGGAGGAUUUAUUUUAAUCUUUUUCUUGGUAAAAAGUAGCAAUAUAAUUACAAAUUUUUCUGGUUAAACCAUGUCAUCCUAUAAAUGGGGAAAUCGUGUCACUUUCUGAAAUUAAAGAUAACAUUCAACAAAUAAUUAUGCACUUCAGGGGCUCAGUAAAGUUAACCCACAACCUAGUUAACUAGGUUGUCUUUGAGAAGCUAGAAUCAAGGUAAGUGUAGAAAAGAUGAACCUAGAAUAUUAGCUCCCAAAAUAAAGACUUCAAACAUUUUUGUUGGCUGAACUUAAUUCAGAUGAAGUACUACCAUAACUCCUACCAGCACUGCCACUCUAGAGUCAGCUGUGCUUCACUUUGAGUUUCUGCCUUCUGUAGCCAACACUGCUAGACAAGAAAUUGAAACCAGAAGAUUCAAAAAGGGCCAUAUUAUAUUUAACUAACUUGGUUCUUUGCUAAUAUAAAAAGCAAACUUGUGCGAAAGCACAAUAUUAGUAGUAAUAACAUUUGUUGAAUGACUAGAAAACUGAUAACCAAGUUUAAAAUGCAUUUUUAAAGUACAGUACUGAUGUAAGAAUCACAUUUAGAAGUAUAACAACAUAGUGUAUUUAAUCAGUAUUAGAAUUUUUAAAUUUAUUUUAUGAUCAUGAAAUCUAAGAGUGAAUGGGUAUCUUUGAAAUCCUCUGAAUAAUCUUUACUGAUUUUGCCUACUUCCACUGAGCUGCAUGAACAUGAGGAGCCAUAGACAUUUCUUCCAGGGAUCUCAGUGUAAAUCAGUAAUUUCUAACCUUAGUGUUGUUUUUCUGGAGAAAUACAUCAGAAUCUCUAUAAAGAGCUAUUUUGAAAAAUUCUUUAAUACAAUUUUAUUGAGAAAAAUAUAAUGCCUUUUAUUCUUACAAAUAUAGAAAUAAAGCUUUUAAAAAUCUUGAUCAGUGGGAAAUAUGUGAGGAAGUUUUAAUGAUCAUGUAAUUUGGCAAAUAUAUAAUUAAUUCACAGAGCACACAUCUAGAGGUGGUGACAUGUAAUAUUGUUUAUGCCUGAGUAUUAUAAUGUGUACUGCUGUUUGUAAUACAUAACAACCCAACAGAGUUAAAAAAAAAAAAAAAGAGCAAAAGAGAAAAGAG